AUGCCUUCGGCUGUUGCGGGCGCCGCCAAUGCCGUCGGUACAGUGUUCUGGACGGCCCUCUACUUUGUCUACUUCCUUUUCAAGUGAGUCCCUCGCAGAAAGAGCAAAGCGAAAUAAAGAAAGUGGCGAUCGAGAAACGGAAAUGGCGACGGUGUGAGAAGUAAUGAGAAAUGUCAAUCAGCAGGUGAUCGCUCUGUCGCUUCUAUUUCGCGCAAGCUUUCGAAACGCGCAAGUAGAGAAUGAAUAAGUAUGUAAACAACUGCAAAAACGAACAAAAUUACUAGCGGCGUCUAUUUCUUCUCUUUGAUAUCCGUAUCGAUAUGCAUGCGUUGUUGGCGGCAGAAAGAGAGUCAGUUGCUCGGCGAGCCGACCUUCGUGGAAAGAAAGACAAAAAGAGAGCCGGACAACCUAUAAAUAUCGAGCGAACAAAGAAAAGAAAUGAGAAAGCGGACCCGGUAGGGCGAGCAGAUCAAUUAAAUGAUAGUGGUGGGAAGGAGAAGCUCAGGAAAAAAAACGCAGCAGAAGGCGGCGAAUCACGAGACCUUUCCAGCUCUCGCUCACGUUUUACUUUUUCAGGGGCAAGCAAGAAUGGAAGUGUGAGAAGACAGGCCGUCCGGUAAUCCAGUACUGCUGUGUGGACGGGGUGCCGUGCUCCGAUCAUCACGAGCAACAGAACGGAGUGAGACUGAGAAAGGCCCCGACGAGCCAUACGAACAACUACAGUAAUCCCGUGCAAGACAACCAUAAUGCGACUCCAAAAUCAUUCUAUACAUUUAACUCUGGCAUCCGUGGCUUCUUUAAAUCUGUUUGGACUUCUGUCAAGAAUGGAGCCAAAAAGGUGUGGGAAUUCGGAAGAACAUCAGGAAGAAAAGUUUGGAGAGGAAUAAAAACAGUGGCUUCGUUCCUUUGGACAGUUGUGAAGUGCGUGUUCGCAGUCAUUUACGCAUUCAUCGUCUCGAACAACGUGCCGUCACAGACGCUGCCUUCGACUCCGAAACCUUAUACGGCGACUCCAUCUUCUCCAUCUUAUAACAAGGUACAAUAAUGACUUUUGACUCAUUAGAAAUAGAGAAAUGCAGGUUGCUUUCGAAUACAAACUGGGAGAACCCAACGGAGCAGAACUGAGAUCGGUGACGAAACAGGAGAUUCAAGAGGAAGAGGAAGAAGAUCCGACUAUUUACGAGGAUGUUUCCAAGAAGGAAGAGCCUGCCAAGAAGGUUCCAGAUACGUCCGAAUCAUUCUAUUACGAGCGAGUGUUUGAGGAGGCUAAACAGGAACAAUCCAUUCCUGAGCCUCCACGGUGAGCACGUCUAUCUAUGAUGGGUGAAUGAUAAAAAUGAUUAAGAGAGAAGUCGAUUCCGCCUCCGCCUCCACCGCCGCCGCCACCAAAGCCUGUUUCCCGUGAACCGAGCCGUGCCCGAUCGAUGACUCCAGGAAAAGAAAGAAGAGAAGUGAAAGGGGGAAUCGGAGGAUUCAAGUCAGACAUCAUGGACGAAUUGGAAGAGCAUCAAAGAGUCCGUCAGGAGAGAGUGUCCAUGAACCGAGAGAUGACUCAGAGUUGUCAUCCCGACAUGGCCCAGUGGAAGGCUAACGAGACAGUUGACCGAUCCGCCAAUUCCACGCCCUGGAGAGCGUCUUCUGUCGGCCCGACGAUGCGUCGUUUGGAGCACGUAGUCAGCAGAGUAGAAGGCGACGACCAGAAGGAGGCAAACUUUGUUUUCAGGUGAGAGAGUGGGCAGAGACGCUCACAAAACACACGUUUGCAGGCCGCCGAAGCUUGUUCACUCUUCGGAAGAGUAUCAGAACAGAAACAAACAGACGAACGAGAACGGAUUCGUGAUGGGCAGAAGUGUGUUCUCGCCCGUGGAGGAAGCCGAACAAAUGAGAAAGGACAUCAACAGGUGCGUCCGGCUCCAUUAUUCACGAGAUCCGACAUGCCUUCCUCACCGUUUGUUCUUUUGUGUCGCCAUUUUCUUUAAUGAGAGUUUUCGGGAAGCGAUGACACGUUGUGGUCUCUUCAUUAUUUCAUCAUUUUCAUCCAAAGAGAGAGCAAUUAGGAUGGAAGAGAGCAACAGACAGCUGUUCCUCUCCGGCUCCCGAUCUCGGGGGCGGCUCCCUGCUCACUCUUCAGACACCUUUCCUCUCUUUUCCGUUGUAGAUCGAAAGUUUUUCAGCAAGCAACAGAGCUACAGUAGUCCUCAGUAUCAAAGCGGAAACUGGAUGGAGGGACAAAGAUCGAGAAACAUUCACAGCAGGUACGCGACAGAUAAGCGAUUAGAGGGUAGUGCAUUGGAAUGCGAGAGCUUUGCGAUUGCCGGCUCUUUCCUUCCUUGCUGGCUGCUCCAUUUUCACACACACACGCGCAAACUUGUUGAACUUUUGGCGCUAGCGGUCAGAAGCACGGCCCGAGAGCCGCAAUUAUCGCGUCCACGCUGUCUCUAUUUCUUCGUGAAGGAGCACACAAAAUUGCGUCGAAGAAGAGCCCCGGCUCCCGAGGAUGCUCAUUUCGAAUCACCAAACAAUGAGAGGAGACGACGACGGGAGGGCAAGAGCGGCGAGAUGCGGCACACGUCGUCCAUAUUAUUCAAUUUCUUGCCGAGAUCCAAACGACGAAAAAUUGGGGUGGAUUUUUGAAUAGGAGAGGGAGAGGAAGAAGAGGAGUCGGGCCAGAAAACGGGUUGUGUAGACAACUGAAAGAAUUGGCAAGCAAUUGCCGGAGGGAUGUGCGGCGGGUGAGUGAAUCGCCUCAAAUUGGACAAUGAUGUCAGUUGAAUAAGACGAGAACUUCAAAUUGAGCACACUUGUUAAUUGUCAGAAUGUUGCCACGUCAUCGUGGUGCCACGACGUAGUGAAUGAAUUUACGGAAAAAACAAAGAACAGAACGGAGAGAAAGAGAGAGGAACGAGACAUAUUCAGUUUGGAAAGGGAAAAAUGAGUUGGUGAUUGUGGAGAUGUUGGGAAGUACAGUAUCUUGGAGAGCUCUCGAGCGUUAUACUUGUUUUCGGUGGCGAUUCCGCAAGCGCCAACACACAAGCACAAAAACAAAGACGACCGGGGGUUUUAUGGUCUGUUUCUUGUCGCUCGGUCGUCUUAUGAAUCUGUCACUCCAGUCUAGAUAUAAGUGCUCUUUUCGAUGAGACGAGCAGGCACACAUGCACAUAUAGGAGCGGAUAAAUUGAAUUAGAAAAGUAAAGAAACGCAUUGGUGCGAUGAGGAAAACGAGGAGAAAAGGAAAAGAGACUCAGCGCUCCUGUGUCGUCGCCCUCCAAUUUCGCCUCGAGGGCCUUCUGAAUGUGCUUGAGAGCACGUCGCAGUCGAGAGUACGGUAGAUUAUGAGUGAGAAGGCUACUUGAGCCGUCCGGCAACUCGACUCGGAAACUGGUUAUGGCCGCCCACAAAAGGGCCGACUCGCGUUUUUAAAGCAUGCUACCAAUUUGCGAGCGUGUGGAGAAUGAGAAUAAGGAGAAGAAUGAAACGAAGUGGGAGGCGGAAAAAUUAAAAAUUGGGAAAGAGGUGACAUAACCGGCCGGCUCUCACUCUCUCCACGUCGGCUGGCCGAGCCGUAUUAUAUAGGUGAAAAGACGGCGGAGCUCUUGCACACUCGCACACAUGCUUACACCACAAUAGGCGACAACUGGGUUAUAUCGAUUGUAGAUUAGACUCGGAUGUCCGUACAAUUGGCUUACGGGUUGAUCCGUUCGAACAAACGGAAGCGGAGGUCCGUCAGAAGGCAGGCCGCGGGGCGGGACUUUCCCUUCAAUAUCCCUAAUUGAUUCUACUCUACUUGAUGUUGCAACUCUUUCAGGAAUACACUAAAAGUUUUGACGCUUGCAAAACCGCGAAUGUACACUUUUUCAGCGCUGACGCGGAAUAAUUGACAGCUUCGGCGGGGACAUAAAGAAAUAGGAGAAGGGGGCAAAAAGCUAAUUAUAAUUUGACUCGGCGAGGAGCAUUCGUGCGAGAGCAAGCCACGCAGAGAACACAAGAGACUCUCCCUAUCACACUGCAAAUAUUCAUGGAAAUAAAACAUUGUUCUGUUCUAUAAUAUACCAGUUGGGAUGACAAAAAAAGAAGAGACGACGGAGCGGCGGAUUAGGUAAACGGAAGAAUAGGAGAGAUUUGGAUGGAGGAGGCUCCUCUUUGCUGCUGUUUUCGACCACGUUCGCAGUAAUUUGAUUGUUGCAGGAACGAUCAAGUCCAGGACUACCAAGCUCAGAGAAACCCGUUCGGAAGCGCCGCUUACAAGUGAGCUUUUCCUGAGAAUCCUCUUCUGAUUACCGUCCACUUCAGAUCCUCUCCAUAUGCUUCGCACACCGCACGUCGAAGCAAGACUCCGAUAAGAAAUGCGGAGCCGGACGGAGGAGUCGAGACGAUAGCCAGACAGUGGCCUCCAGUGAGCAACGCGACAGGAACCACGAAUGCUCGAGAUGAAUGGGUUGGAAGAAGUAUGAAGGGAGUGGAGGAAAGUGACGAUGGAUUGGUGAUGACCAUGUGCAGAAGUGAGUUACACGACGGUAGAAGGAGAAGGAGAAGAACAAAAGAUGGAUUGCAGGAGUUGUCGAGAAGAAAAAGGACGAGAACUGGAAGUGGAGGGAUGAAAGCGGAAGACUUCUUGAUGAGAAGCACAAUAACACGUGGAAGGUAACCGCUCUAGAAUGAGAAGGAUUUUUGAGGCGAGUGUUGUUUUGCAGGGAGAACUCGAUACUUUGCUGAGGGACGGACCGAACGAAGGAAGACACUGGAGCCGGACAGUCGAGAGACUUCCGACUGGAGACACGCGGUUCCAAGAUGUGAACAGACAAUACAACAAAGAGUUUGUUGUCGAAGUGGGUUUUUCAAAUUAAAUUUAGUUCUUAGAGUACCACGGAGACGAAAUACUUUCAGAGUAUCGUGCGCAACUAUUGA